AUGCUCGCCAGAUCAUGUUGGGACUCUACAAGCAACCCGGGGUAUCAAUGCAAGAAGGGUGACGCUAAUAAACCAUUUAUAGAAUGGAAGCUAUUUGCCAAUGAAGAGUUCAUAGUCGGCCGGAAUUCAAGCUCAUGUCACCUGGUUGUGGAUGACCCUGUGGUUUCCAACGUACAUCUUCGUAUCUACUCAAUCAUAUUUGACCAAGAGAACCCUACACAGGUCGCGCCUCUCGUGUAUGUCCAAGACCUGUCCCGCAAUGGAGCCUUCUGGAAUGGACUUAAAAUAGGAAAAGCCAGCGGAGGGUUCCUCUUAAGUGAUGGAGAUAUGGUAAAAGUUUGCAGAAGCGUGGUGAUAGAGUAUCGGGGUGAGAGAGUGCUCCAAACACCAUUCGAUCAAGUUCAGAUCCAGGAGAUGAAACAGUUCGAGGAACAGUACACCAUAACCAACCGUACUUUGGGUUGUGGGGCAUAUGGACGAGUACACAUGUCCAUUGAUAAGAAAAAGAAGAGACAGCUGGCUUGCAAAAUAGUGAACCUAGCACAUUUGAAAGCUAGGCUUCGACAAAUUGAGAUGGGAAAAAUGCCCCAAACGACUGUUUCAGAAGCACGAAAUAAGGCAUCUAAACAGCGCCGCCUCACAUAUAGGGUACAAGCAAAGUUGGGAAUGUACGACCGGGAGGUGGAAAUUUUGCAGAAGCUACGACAUGUAAGUGAGGCAAGCACGUCCGGUCAAUUUGCAACAGCAGCUAACAAGACUGCUAGCCCAACAUCAUCAAUAUCGAAAAAGUCUUCAAGACAUACAAUGCCAUCAGGCGACUUGUUCUCCUUCCUUGAGUUCAAGAACGGCAAACUCCUGGACGUGGAAGCUGCUGUGAUAAUCCGACAAGUGGUGAUUGCACUAGUGUACUUACAUGGUCAAAACAUUGUCCAUCGAGAUAUCAAACCGGAUAACGUUUUAAUGACGUCCUUGUCUAAUGGAUCACGGGUGAUAUUGACUGACUUUGGAUGUGCUCGGUAUCUGAAUCCAAAGAAGUCACGAAUGGCCUCCGUGAUGGGUACUUUGGAGUAUACUGCACCAGAAAUGGGCCAAGGGUGCCACAAGCCAACUAAAGGGUAUACUAAAUCCGUUGAUUUGUGGUCUCUGGGCUGUCUCACUGUUGUCCUUCUGACAGGUGGUUCACCGUUCAGUGAUCCAGUGACUGGUAAAUACUGUGGAAAGCUGGCCAAACAAUGUAACCUCGAUGUGCUCGAGCAGGAUGAAGACUGGAAGUGUAUAGGUGACCGUGCAAAACAGUUCGUUCGUGGCCUCCUUGUCCUUGACGAUAAGCAACGAAUGACAGCCGAGCAAGCAUUGGACCAUGACUGGUUCACAAACAGCGCGCACAGCCAAGCUUUCAAUGAGCUUUACGUGCGUGCAAUCCAAGGGUGGGAACCACGAGACGAAAAAGAGCAGGUAUUAUACGACCUGCGGUAUGCACAAGGGUCCAUGGGUGAGUACACCUUCUGGCAAGGUAGAAGUGCCAUCCAACUUUCCCCGGAGGGCCAGGAACAUGAUCGAAAAAGCACAUCCCCUGAGGAUGAGAUCGGAGAGUCAUCUUACUUCUCUAUCUCGCGCUGGGAUCCUGAAAUGAAAGCCGGAAGAAACAUAUCGAUAACGCUCUCAGAUCCCGGAAACAAAGAGGCCCCGGAAAGGUUACAUAGUAGCACGGAUGCUUCUUCCCCUCACUCCCCACAAGGGUCAACGGGUCAAAAGCGGGAUGGUAUAUUGAUGGACCCAAAGAGGGCCAUAGUCCGCUUUGAAGCGACCAGCCAUGACGAUGCAGCUGACCACCAGGCCAAGCCGCGUAUCAGGAACCCGUUUAGUCCCGAAGCAUGGAACAAGAACGAUCACGAACCAGUUCAACGGCCGAAGGGAACACAGUCUAACACGAGUGUGGGUGAUGAUAUGGGGCACGAGCAGCCAGAAACGGCGACUGAAGGCGAAUGGGAUCCUAACGUGGUGAGAAGCACCGCAGCACCCUCGUUAAUCACCAAAAAGCAUCGGAAUGAAGUUCUCGGUCUAAGGCCUGAAAGGGCAGCGGCCCAGCAUGUGCCUGCUAAGCGCAAUUUCAAGGGCGCAAGCUCUCGGCCAAAGUGCGACAGCAACGGCAAUAGAUCGUCUUUGGAGGAAGACGAAGUGUUUGAAGAGGUACUCGACCCUCUGACUGGGAAGCGUCGUGUAGUCAGAUAUGGUGAGCAAUAA